CUUUCCUCCUCACUCAGACUGACGAGUGCGGAGAAGAAACCGGAGCACGUGACCGUUUCCGGAGUUCGAUUUAUUUAUUAAUUUUAUAUCUAUAUUAUUACUUUUGUUCACUGCUCCACUUUUGGGAUUCGAACCAAUAUGAAACUGCUGCUCGACUCCUCCUCGUCGCUCCUCUUCUCGCUGCUAUUGGCCCAGCUGCCCGUGUUCACGUCUGGCUCCCCAGUGCCACAGCGGCGGACCACUGAAAUGGAUAAACUGUCCAAUCAGACCAAAAAUCUAUUGAAGCUCACCCAGGAACUGCUGAAGGACCACGCGUUUGAAGCAGACGUGGAGCCCCACAGGUUCAGGUCUCUGCCAGAAAUGAGCAACAGAUCGGCCAAUGACCUCAACAAUCUUGAGCUGAAGCCCACACUCUCCCAGCUGCACUCUGACCUGAAGCUGUACGAGCACCACUUUGAGUGGCUCAACAGGGUUUCAAAGAAGCACCACCACCCUGCAGUGCCCAAGCUGGUGGAGAUGAUCAGAGAAAUUAAAUCUCUCAUCAGCCUUCUCCAUCGUCAGAUGAAGUUUGUGAAGGUUGAAACACCAAGGCUGACCCCUGUGGCCCCUUCUCUGCCCCCUCACCUCCCCUAUCAUUUCGAUGUCCUGCAGUCCAGCCACGAGCUUCUUCAGCACUUCAAGCUCUUCUGUGACUGGGCGUACAGAGCCUUCAUCAGCCUCAAGCCCAAGGUUACAGCUACCGCAGUACAAUGAGGAUCUACGGCUCCAUGGUGGCAGAGCUGAAUGGAUAAAUGAGUCCGGCCUCAGUCAAAAGGGAAUUAGGACCAUGUCAGUCUGCACUGUAGCCAGUAGCAUCCCUCAUGAGGCCCAAACAUCAGCCAGAGACAUGUGUUGUGUGUGUUUCAGUCAGAGGAUGCUGACGCUGCAGCCAUUUCCGACUAUCAAGAUUCCUGUUACAGCAAACUGUCAUUUUAUUCAUGAUCAUGUCAUAAUUCCCUAAACUCUCUAUGACUGUGUUAUUUAUGUAUUUAUUUAUUUAUUGACUUUUGGUAAUUUAUUUAAUUUUAUUUAUUUAAAGUUUUAACGUAUCUCUCCUUUCUUUGUUUCCGUUGCAACGUGAAUUUAUUUGCCCAUGUCGCCGUAAUCUUUCCUUUUGUUUUGUGUCUCACUGAUAUAUAAAAACAGACAGUAGCACUUCCUGGACCUAUAGCUCUGAUAAUUACUUCUGUUAAAAGUAACAUUUCAUUUAUUUUGUGUACAUUUGUGUAUUUCAGCAGAUAAUUUUUCCAGUAGAUGUAGCAUCUGAGUUUGUCAUAAUUGUUACUAUCACUAACAGUGCCCUUAGAUAAACGUUUCAAAGCAUUUUAAUAUCAUCCUUAAAACCUGUUUAAUGUGCCAAAUAUUACCGAAUCGGCUGAUGGUCAGAAAUGCAUCUUUUUGUAGAUGAAAGUAUGAUUUGAGGACACCACAGAAAGAGCUCCUGUUGUCAAUGCCUGCGUUAGCAUUGUGGAUGAGGAUGCAUACUUAACACUGUGGUAAAAUUAUAUGAAUAUGCCCUGUUGCUGAGCACUGACAUAAUUAGAUUCUUUGCACAACCUUGUUAGGAUCAGCCUCUUGGACGAGUGAGAUGGCUGAUUUUAAUCUUGUGCUUUGGGUAACAAAAGUUUGUUGAGUUUCUUUUUUAGUUAAACACCCGAAGCCUUAAAAUACUAUGUAUUGUGACACUAUGUUCUGUACAAAUGUACAUAAAUGUACAAGAAUGUAAAUUGUUAUAUACAGUGCUUUGUGUUGUUGUUUUCUACAAUAUAAUGUAGGCUACUUUACCUAUUUUCUCACUAUAUUUUUGUCAAUUCCUAUUCUAGUAUUUGUUACAGUAUUGACUAUUUAUUUAAAAUAACUUGGUGAACUAUUUAUUUGUGCUGCAGCGGAGCAAGUCUCCCAUCUUUUUUGUACUUUUAUAAAAUUUUUAUUCUUAUUUCUUAUUAUACCAUCAUGUUUAAAUUAUUGUUGUAACAUCAAGAUGCCUCUUCCACACACUGAUUGGCUACAAUGUGAAAUACGUGCCUUGGUGAAAUAAAUAAAAGAAUGUGCACAACAUAUAUGAGUUUCUUUCUUAUCCACGCUCCAGCAACGUGAACUGUGACAAACGACGAGGGCGAGACACGUGCGUUCACUACAAUACCCAGAAAGCAAUGCGCCCAGGUUGUAGACGUUUUUCAUAUUUUUAAUAUUUAAAGUGAAUAGUUAUUAAUUAUGUUACUGCUAUAAUUGGUUUUGGCAGAGGUGUUGCUACAGCACUGAAAUGUUUUAAUUUAAUUUAAGUUUAAAACGUCAACUUGUCUG